GGCUUCCGGUUUGGGCGCCCCCGUCACGUGACGGAGGGGUUGGGCGCUGAAGGGAAAGGAAGGAAGGGAAAGGAAGGAAGGAGAGGGAGGGAGGGAGGGACGCCGGAGGACCCCCGGAGGCCCGCCGCUUCGGAGGCGGAGGGCGAGGCACUUAUGACCCAAGCCCAUUCAUGAGUCAAGCGUUCCCCUUUUGUUAAGUCAUGGAUGACAAGGCCUCUGUGGGAAAAAUCAGUGUGUCUUCAGAUUCGGUGUCUACCCUUAACAGCGAAGAUUUUGUCUUGAUUUCCAGGCAAGGGGACGAAACGCCGUCCACCAACAACGGUAGCGACGAUGAAAAGACGGGACUGAAGAUCAUAGGGAAUGGGAGUGAGCAGCAGCUGCAGAAGGAGCUUGAGGACGUCCUAAUGGAUCCCCCCGUGGAAGACCCUCCCAAUGACCGGGAGCAUGAGAAGGAGGAAGAGGAGGAGGAGGAGGAAGAGGAGAGCUCCCCCGACACCGAGGGAGAUGAACCCGUUCUCCUCGAAGCCUCUGCCUCCUCCACCAUUAACCCUGUCUCCGUCUCGGGGCCCCAGAAGCCUGGUAUGAGCUUGCCAGUGAAACCCACACAAGGAGACUCGGAGGACUCGAGCCCUUUCACGCCCGUGGCAGACGAGGACAGCGUGGUCUUCAGCAAGCUCACCUACCUGGGCUGUGCCUCGGUCAACGCCCCCCGGAGCGAGGUGGAAGCCCUGCGCAUGAUGGCCAUCUUACGGAGCCAGUGCCAGAUCUCCGUGGACGUCACCCUUUCGGUGCCGAAUGUCUCCGAGGGGACCGUCAGGCUGCUAGACCCUCCAACCAAUACUGAAAUCGCCAACUACCCCAUUUAUAAGAUCCUCUUCUGCGUGCGGGGCCACGACGGGACUCCGGAGAGCGACUGCUUUGCUUUCACCGAGAGCCAUUACAACUCCGAACUCUUCCGGAUCCACGUCUUUCGAUGCGAGAUCCAGGAAGCUGUGAGUCGGAUCCUGUACAGUUUUGCCACCGCCUUCCGCCGUUCUGCCAAACAAACCCCCCUCGUGGCCCCUGCGGCCCCCCAGACGCCCGACAGCGACAUCUUCACUUUCUCUGUCUCCCUGGAAAUCAAGGAAGACGACGGGAAGGGCUACUUCAGCGCUGUCCCCAAAGACAAAGACCGGCAGUGCUUCAAGCUGCGCCAAGGCGUCGACAAGAAGAUUGUCAUCUACGUCCAGCAGACCACGAAUAAAGAACUGGCCAUCGAAAGGUGUUUCGGCCUCCUCCUCAGCCCUGGGAAGGACGUGCAGAGCGGCGACAUGCAUUUGCUGGAUCUGGAGUCCAUGGGCAAAAGCUCGGACGGGAAGUCCUACGUCAUCACCGGGAGCUGGAACACAAAGUCUCCGCACUUCCAGAUCGUGAAUGAAGAGACGCCAAAAGAUAAAGUCCUGUUCCUGACCACCGCUGUGGAUCUGGUGGUCACUGAAGUCCAGGAACCCGUCCGGUUCCUCCUGGAGACCAAAGUCCGUGUCUGUCCUCCGAACGAGAGGCUCUUCUGGCCUUUCAGUAAACGGAGCUCCACCGAGAACUUCUUUCUGAAGCUGAAACAGAUCAAGCAGAAGGACCGCAAGAGCGGCACGGACACGCUCUACGAAGUCGUGUGCCUGGAGAGCGAGUCGGAAAGGGAGCGGCGGAAAACCACGGCCAGCCCGGCCAUCCGCUUGCCCCAGUCGGGGUCCCAAGGCUCCAUGAUCCCUUCUCCGCCGGAGGAUGACGAAGAGGAAGACAAUGACGAACCGCUCCUGAGUGGCUCCGGGGAUGUCUCUAAGGAGUGUGCCGAAAAAAUCCUGGAGACCUGGGGAGAUCUUUUGUCCAAGUGGCACUUGAACCUGAGCGUCCGGCCCAAGACGCUGUCGGCGCUGGUGCGGAGCGGGGUGCCCGAAGCCCUGCGGGGAGAGGUCUGGCAGCUGCUUGCCGGGUGUCACAACAACGACCACCUGGUGGAGAAGUACCGGAUCCUCAUCACCAAGGAGUCUCCGCAGGACAGCGCCAUCACCCGGGACAUCAACCGGACCUUCCCUGCCCACGAUUACUUCAAGGACACUGGUGGAGACGGACAGGACUCCCUGUACAAGAUAUGCAAGGCCUAUUCCGUCUACGACGAAGAGAUCGGCUACUGCCAGGGCCAGUCCUUCCUGGCCGCUGUGCUGCUUCUCCACAUGCCUGAGGAGCAGGCCUUCAGCGUUCUGGUCAAGAUCAUGUUUGACUACGGGCUCAGGGAGCUUUUCAAACAAAACUUUGAAGACUUACACUGCAAGUUUUACCAGCUGGAGCGCCUCAUGCAGGAGUAUAUUCCCGACCUCUACAACCACUUCCUGGACAUCAGCCUUGAAGCCCACAUGUAUGCCUCGCAGUGGUUCCUCACCCUCUUCACCGCCAAAUUCCCGCUCUACAUGGUCUUCCACAUCAUCGACUUGUUGCUGUGCGAGGGCAUCAGUGUCAUAUUCAACGUCGCGCUCGGAUUGUUAAAAACGACCAAGGACGACCUGCUGCUGACGGACUUCGAGGGGGCCCUCAAGUUCUUCCGGGUGCAGCUGCCCAAGCGGUACCGCUCCGAGGAGAACGCCAAGAAGCUGAUGGAGCUGGCCUGCAGCAUGAAGAUUAGCCAAAAGAAGCUGAAGAAGUACGAGCGAGAAUACCACACCAUGAGGGAGCAGCAAGCGCAGCAGGAGGAUCCCAUCGAAAGGUUCGAGCGGGAGAACCGGCGGCUGCAGGAGGCCAACAUGCGGCUGGAGCAGGAGAACGAUGACUUGGCCCACGAGCUGGUGACCAGCAAGAUCGCCCUCCGGAAGGACCUGGACAACGCGGAGGAGAAGGCCGACGCUCUCAACAAGGAGCUGCUGAUGACCAAGCAGAAGCUGAUCGACGCCGAGGAUGAAAAGAGGCGCCUGGAGGAGGAGUCGGCCAAGCUGAAGGAGAUGUGUCGCCGGGAGCUGGACAAAACCGAGUCCGAGAUCAAGAAGAACAGCUCCAUCAUUGGGGACUACAAGCAGAUCUGCUCCCAACUGAGCGAGAGGCUGGAGAAGCAGCAGGUGGCAAACAAGGCCGAAAUCGAGAAGAUCCGGCAAAAAGUGGACGACUGUGAGCGUUGCCGUGAGUUCUUCAACAAGGAGGGUCGCGUGAAGGCGGUGGGCGCGGCCCGCGAGGGGUCGGAGGAGGAGACGGACGAGGAGAAGGAGGCCCUGAAGAGCCAGCUGAGGGAGAUGGAGCUGGAGCUGGCCCAGACCAAGCUGCAGCUGGUGGAGGCCGAGUGCAAGAUACAGGACCUGGAGCACGACUUGGGUCAAGCCCUGAACGAGGUGCAGGCGUCGCGGAAGACGUGGUUCAACCGGACGCUGAGCUCGAUCAAGACGGUGACGGGGGUCCAAGGGAAGGAGACCUGCUGAAGGGGACGCCGCGCGGCGGGGGAGCGGACCAGGAUGUACAUAGGACUCUAGGCAUACCAGAUGGGGGGGAGACAGACCCACCCACCCGCCCGCCCACCUCAGGGCGCACGUGGGGGCGUUCCCACAGGUCAGUGGCCCUGCCCGGGCAGCGGCGGCGCUCCCUUCAUACUACUGAUUAUUUAACCCGGGGGUGUAGCUGUAGGCCGAAGCCCCGUUCGGAGAAGAAGACGCGAAAGAAAGACAAAA